CGUCGUGCUGGCACUUUUACUGGCAGGGUCUUAGAGCUGAGCCUGUAGCCGGGCGCCAUCUUUGACUCUGGCAGUCUUGGAUUUCUGCUGGUGUUGCUGCUGAGAAGACGGCGGGCGGCAGCGGCUAAGAAAGAAGAAAGACGUGGCAGCAAGCGGGAGUCGGGGAUAGUGUCGACGGUUCGAUUUGGGAAUAUUCCCUGCCCAAAAAUUUCCUGGAAAAUUGACUAGUAUUAAGUGUGAGUAAAAGGUGUCCACUUUUUUUAAAGUUUUGAUUUUAGUUUUGUCUUGGAUAGUAUUUGGCAAGAUUUAGCCUAGAAAUUAUGUAGUAUUUAUUACAUGAGAAUCAAAUUGCUUUGUUACUGGGCUGGUUUCAAAAUCUAGAACUCAUUUCUAUGUAUCAAAAUCGCUCUUCAUUUUUGUUUUUUUGAAAUUCUUAAAUGGUAAAUGUACCAUUGUGAAAUGAAAUUUGAACUCCCAAAGUUUACCCUUUUACUAAGUGGAGUACAUGGAUAAUCACAAAGUCUUGCGUUGCAGCCAUCACUAGUAAAGCAUUUGGAACUAGGUUGCAUAGGCCUUUGCAGGGCCACUAUUGAGUGUCAUGCCAGUGACACUGGUGUUGUAAAAGAAGAAAAAAUCUUCCCGUAGAUAGAAGCUUUCUGUGUUUUGACAGUGCCAGUUCAGGAUGGCUAUCAUGCUGCUCUGCCUUCUACAGCUUGCUGCACCACUCUGUAGUUACUCUGUAACUAUACAUUUCUAUCUUUUUUGGUUAAACACUCCCUGAAGAUGAUAAAAGAUGAUGUAACAAUAUACAUACAUCCAUAUUAUACACAUUGAUAUAUAUGUCUAAGGAUUUCCCUUCAUUUUUAUUUUGUGGGCCGGGCAAAAUUUAGUGUAACAUUAAAAUACUUCAUGAUACUUUGGUAUAAGAGGAAAUUCACUAUUUUUAUAAUGACCCAAAUUUAAAGGCUUUUGUAGUGUAUUUUAAAAGGGAAAACUUACCCAGAUGUUUUAUUUCUACACAUUUGUGUACGUGUGUGUGUGUUUAUAAGCCAGUUAGUAUAUAUGUAUAUGUAUAUUAUACAUAAAACACUAUAUUUUUACAUACAAGUAUGUUUUUAUUAUACAGAUAAUAAAGAUGGGGGAAGGUUUCUGUUUUUUUCUUAAUAGGUGAAGAAAUCUUGAAGACCAGAAAUUGGAUCUUAUUGAAUUUUGGUGUUUUUUUUUGGUUUUUUUUUUUUAAUUUUUUCUUUCUUUUUUCUUUUUUAAUUAAAUGUUCGGCUAUGGAAGAUUGAUCUUUUUUUCUUUUUAAUAAUCCUUUGAAUCUCAAGUUCAUUUUGAUAUGAACUCUUUUUUUUGUUGUUUUUUUGUUUUUGAGGAGAUAACUAACCCUAGCUGUCUCCAGUUUGACAAAGGUUAUUUGAAUGGACUUAAACUCUCAGUAGUUGAGAGAUAUUUUAAAAACACAUCCUGUGUUUGAAUUGUGGCUGAGAGGUUUCCUUGGCAAUGUGAGGAGGAAAAUUCUUUCUGCCUCAUUAUUAUUAAUUCAUGGAUUGAGUGUUGGUUCGACCUACAGGCGUAAUAAAUUGGAACUCAGUGAAGACACAGACAUUCCUGUUGAGAUCAACCAGCUAAUGAUUAACAUUUAAAAGACGAUUUCUGUGAUUGACUUGUCUUUUGGAAGAUUAAACCCAUAUCAAGAGGACUUGGAGCUGGUCCUCGCCUAGAGGAAGCAGUGGCUUGUUUUCAAAAAGCCACUUCUCAUCUAAGGAUCUACUCAGCAUGCCUAAUCAAGGAGAAGACUGCUAUUUUUUUUUCUAUUCUACUUGUACUAAAGGUGACAGCUGUCCAUUCCGUCACUGUGAAGCUGCACUGGGAAAUGAAACUGUUUGCACAUUAUGGCAAGAAGGGCGCUGUUUUCGACAGGUGUGCAGGUUUCGGCACAUGGAGAUUGAUAAAAAACGCAGUGAGAUUCCUUGUUAUUGGGAAAAUCAGCCAAUGGGAUGUCAGAAACUAAACUGUGCUUUCCAUCACAACAGAGGACGUUAUGUUGAUGGCCUUUUCCUACCUCCAAGCAAAACUGUGUUGCCCACUGUGCCUGAGUCACCAGAAGAGGAAGUGAAAGCUAGCCAGCUCACAGUUCAGCAGAGCAAAUUAUCUGUCCAGUCUAAUCCCUCUCCUCAGCUGCGAAGUGUUAUGAAAGUAGAAAGUUCAGAAAACGUUCCCAGCCCUACACACCCACCAGUGGUGAUCAAUGCUGCAGACGAUGAUGAAGACGAUGAUGAUCAGUUUUCUGAGGAAGGUGAUGAAACCAAAACACCUACCCUGCAACCAACUCUUGAAGUUCAUAAUGGAUUACGAAUGACUUCUGCCCGGAAACCUGGGGUCAAUUUAAAACAAGGUGAAAGUUUGAAUUUUGGAAUAAAAACUCUUGAAGAAAUUAAAUCCAAGAAAAUGAAGGAAAAAUCAAAGAAGCAAGGUGAAGGUUCUUCGGGAGCUUCCAGUCUUUUACUCCAGUCACAGCCCAUGCCAGGUCCUGAAAAAGAGAAUGUCCGGACUGUGGUGAGGACAGUAACUUUGUCCAGCAAGCAAGGGGAUGAACCUCUGGUAAGAUUGAGUCUAACCGAGAGACUGGGGAAACGAAAAUUUUCAGUAGGCGGUGACAGUGACCCUCCAUUAAAGCGUAGCCUCGCACAGAGGCUAGGGAAGAAAAUUGAAGCUCCAGAGGCUAACACUGACAAAACACCAAAGAGAGUCCAAGUUUCCAAGUCUCUGAAGGAGCGAUUAGGCAUGUCAACUGGUCCAAACAGUGAGGAAGCAGCAGAGAAAGUUACUAAAGUUGGUGAGAUUCAUGUGAAGACAUUAGAAGAAAUUCUUCUUGAAAGAGCCAAUCAGAAACGUGGAGAAUUGCAAACUAAACUCAAGACAGAAGGACCUUCGAAAGUUGAUGAUUCUACAUCAGGAGCAAGAACCUCCUCCACCAUCCGAAUCAAAACGUUCUCUGAGGUCUUGGCUGAAAAGAAGCACCGGCAGCAGGAAGCAGAGAGACAAAAGGGCAAAAAGGACAUGAGCUGUGUCAAGCCAAAGACUGACAAUGAAAUGAAAAAAACAGUGAUUUUGCCACCCACUGUAGCCAGCAGAGGACAAUCAGAAGAACCUGCAGGUAAAGCAAAGUCUAUGCAGGAAGUGCAUAUCAAGACCCUGGAAGAAAUUAAACUGGAGAAGGCUCUCCGGGUGCAGCAAAGCUCUGAGAGCAGCACCAGCUCCCAGCCUCAGCCUGAGGCUAUGCCAGCGGCAAAACGGCUUCUCCGGAUCACUAAGAAAACAGGUAUAAAAGAAGAGAAGAAACUUCAAGAAGAAAGUGAUGUUGCUUCUCAGAGCAGUGUUUCUAGAACAGAAGCUAAAAAGGCUUCAGAUGAGACCACAACAGUUGGCAUCACUAAAAUUCAAGACAAGAGAUGUAAGACCGUGAGAGAAAAGUAUGUGCCGAAACUGCCAGAGAAGGGAACCUCACAGAAGGAAAAAUCAAUUUUGACACCCCUUCGGGGAGAUUUACUCUCUUACAGUACCGAGUUAGCUGAGAAACCAGUGCUCACCACCAUGCUAGGCAUCACACGGCACCUGACUAAGCGGCUUCCUUCAAAGUCAUCCCAGAAGGCAAAGGUAGAAACCUCAGGGAUUGGGGACUCAAUAUUGAAUGUGAAAUGUGCAACACAGCCCUUGGAAAAACGAAGUAAAGCUAAACCUAAAGUGAAUGUGAAGCCAUCUGUGGUUAAAGUUGUCUCAUCACCCAAAUUGACUCCAAAACGUAAGGCGGUGGAGGUCCACCCUGCUGUCAUUGCAGCUGUGAAGCCACUCAACUCCAGCAGUGUCCUGCUGGAAAGCCCAGCCAAAAAAGCAGCUGUGGCUGUUGUCCCGCUUCUCUCUGAGGACAAGUCAGUGCCUGUGCCUGAGACAGGAAAACCUAGAGACAGUUUUGUACUGCCUCCAGCCCAGUCCUCUUCAGAGCCUCCCCCCCCGGAAGUAUCUGGCCCUUCCUCAUCCCAGAUGGCCACAAAAACUCGCCGACUCAGCUCUGCCUCAACAGGAAAGCCCCCACUUUCUAUGGAGGAUGAUUUUGAGAAACUAAUAUGGGAGAUUUCAGGAGGCAAAUUAGAAGCUGAGAUUGACCUGGAUCCUGGGAAGGAUGAAGAUGACCUUCUGCUUGAGCUAUCAGAAAUGAUUGAUAGCUGAAGGUGGUAGUAGAACAUUUAAAGCAAAACAAACAAAAAAACUCACCAAAAAACUGGACUUAGUUUCAUCUAUUAUAACAUUUAACCAAAAUGAUGAUUUCUUUAGUCUAGAAUUUGCCCCAAAUCAGAAGUGUACGUCUGAAUUAUCCACGAGUCCUGGAUUCCUUGGGGUCAGAUUUUUAAAUCCCUUGGUAAUCAUUUUGUCCAUUUGAUGCCAUUGUUCAGCAUCUUUGAGAAAAAAGUUCUGUCUUACCCCUCUCUCCACAAAAAGACUGAGCGGGAGACCUAAGUGAAAGGGUGCAAGAAAACUUAGUGACUCCUUGAGGUGUUUGUCAGUUUUUACCUUUUUUCCGUUUAUUGUAUAAUUUCUUUUAUGUAUUGUCUUAAUGUACCUUUUGUUAACCUGAGUUCGUAAAGGGUGAAGACAGCUGCUACCAUUAAGGACCAAAUUUCAUGCCACCACUAAAAAAAAAAUCCACUCAGUCUGUGUUAAAUUGUAUGUCUUUUUAAAGGUAUUUGGAGAAUUCAACUAAGCUUUUAGAAACAGCUGAGCAGCUCAGGAAACCUGUAAUUUGGACAUAACUUUUUGGACCUGAUUUUCAUGCUUCUGCUCUGUAAGCCUCUGAAGGGCAAUAGCUAAUUUAUUAUUACUGUAAUUUUUUAAGGCUUUAAAGUGCCUCAGGGGUCCUCUGAAACUAAUUUUCUAUUUCUGGGAUUCCCUGGAUUCUUAAAAAGAGAUGGUGACAUAAUGAUUACAGGAAUUUAUUUUUUAGCAAGAAAGUUGUCCCUUCUCUUCUUUAGUACUUGCUUCCUUACUAGUGUUGUAUUAUCACAGGGAUAAAAAUUGGUUAACUUUUUUUCAUUUCUGAUUCUCCUUGCAAACUCCUCUUGCCCAGUAUUUAUUUGGUGCCCUUUACCCACCUGAGGGGGAAGAACGAGCUCACUCAAGCUGCCAUUAUUUAUCCAUGGACUACCGCAGUACCCGGAAUUGUACUGUAGCAGGAGUUACCGAGAUGCUCUGGGGGUGUAUUGUAUGCCUUCCGGUUUUCUUCAUUUCUGAAUUGAGUUUUCUUUUCUUGAUGUUGAUCUCCUUCAUACCACCUCAAGGUUUAGACUUGUGAAGGAACAAGUACGAUGGGGAUAAUAGUCUUGAAAGGAGACAUAUUGUACAUAAUCAAAAGGAAGAGGAAAGGACCUGCCCGUUUUGAUACUUUGCUGUAGGUGGCCAGUUUUGUUUCUCAAAAGGAAAUCUGACCCACCUGUCAUGUUGGCUCCUAAGGAACUGCUGUUGUAAGCGGCUCAUCAAGAGUUGAACCUCAUGUAGCCUUGUUGGGAAUAUGAAAAGGAAGAAAGCCACAGGACUGCCCAAUUCAGUCUUGGGAAGAUCUGGAUGAUUCUACACAAGCAAAAAUGACUUGAAAUUUAUGUAUAGAUACUUAUCUACCAGUCCAUCUUCAGCUGACUGAAUGUUGUCUAAUAGCCCUUCUCCAAAGCAGGGGUGAAAUGUUCUGGUUUCACCACAGAUUUUCUACUCAUUUCAUUUUUGGAAUCGGCUUGUAGAUUCCAGGUACCUUUUGUAUAUAACCUUUAUUCUUUUGCUUUAAAAAAAAAAAUUUUGUUUCAUAUUUAAAGCCUUGUGUUAGUGAUUCAUGUUCACCAUUAUUUGAACAGUUUGCCAUUACAGCAAGAUAAAUACUUAUUUGUGUUUUAAAUAAAACUGGUGUAGGAAUGUCUUGA